AUGAAGCUGUACAACCUCGGUGUCCUUUACAAAGGCGAACUAAAAGCGGUGCUGCUCAAAGCCGCGUACGACGUGUCUUCUUUUAGUUUCAUCCAGAGGUCCAGUGUUCAGAAAUUCAAGACCUUUACAAGUCAACUGAUUGUGGAACGCUCAGCGAAAGGCAGCAGAGCUUCUGUCAAAGAACAAGAGUAUCUUUGCCAUGUCUACGUCCGGAGCGACAGUCUGGCAGGUGUGGUCAUUGCUGACAACGAAUACCCUUCCAGAGUGGCCUUCACCUUGCUGGAGAAGAUACUAGAUGAAUUCUCCAAGCAGGUCAAUAGAAUAGACUGGCCAGUAGGGUCCCCUGCUACAAUCCAGUACACAGCCUUGGAUGGUCACCUUAGUAGAUACCAGAACCCCCGAGAAGCUGAUCCCAUGAGUAAAGUACAGGCCGAACUGGAUGAGACCAAAAUCAUUCUGCACAACACUAUGGAGUCUUUGUUAGAGCGAGGCGGGAAGCUUGAUGACUUGGUAUCCAAAUCAGAAGUACUGGGAACACAGUCGAAAGCCUUCUAUAAAACUGCCCGGAAACAAAACUCAUGCUGUGCAAUCAUGUGACAUAGCCCACAGAGGCAGGCGCUGGACCGUCGUGUCACAUCAGCCCCUGGAGACAGCAGUGUCCUAGAAGAGGAUCUGGAGCCAGGCAGACUGGCUGCUUUUAUUUUGAAGUUCUCAAGAGGAAUGGAGGGAUGAUUUAAGGGUGGGAACAUUGAAGUUCGUAUGUGUGGCUGUGACUUUGG